ACCAUCAUCUCAACCCAAUCCACUUUCCCUUCUCUCCCAACAAACCCUCACUCCCCCACCAUGGACCGCCGUUUCAUCUUCGCCCUCUUCCUCUUCGCCGCCGCAGCAACCGCCGCAACCGAUAAUACCAACAACGACGACUUCAUCAUCCGUCAAAUCGUCGACAAAGAAGAAGAUCACCUACUAAACGCCGAACAUCACUUCACUUCCUUCAAGUCAAAGUUCAGCAAAACCUACGCGACGAGAGAGGAACACGAUUACCGAUUCGGCGUGUUCAAGUCGAAUCUCAUCAAAGCGAAGCUCCACCAGAAGCUCGAUCCUACCGCGGAGCACGGGAUAACUAAAUUCUCCGAUUUAACGGCGUCGGAGUUUCGCCGUCAGUUUCUCGGACUCAAGAAACGUCUCCGUUUGCCGGCUCACGCUCAGAAGGCUCCGAUCCUCCCUACCAACAACCUCCCGGAGGAUUUCGAUUGGCGUGAGAAAGGCGCCGUUACUCCCGUCAAGAACCAGGGUUCAUGCGGUUCAUGUUGGGCGUUUAGCACAACUGGAGCUUUAGAAGGAGCACACUAUCUGGCUACUGGGAAGCUAGUAAGCCUUAGCGAACAACAGCUUGUGGAUUGUGAUCAUGUGUGUGAUCCAGAGGAAGCUGGUGCAUGUGACUCGGGCUGUAAUGGUGGAUUGAUGAACAAUGCAUUUGAAUAUUUACUCGAGUCUGGGGGAGUGGUUCCAGAAAAGGACUAUGCUUACACCGGAAGAGAUGGCUCAUGCAAAUUUGACAAAAGCAAAGUUGUUGCAUCUGUAUCUAAUUUCAGUGUGGUUUCCCUAGACGAAGACCAAAUUGCUGCAAAUCUAGUAAAGAAUGGCCCUCUUGCAAUUGCUAUUAAUGCAGCAUGGAUGCAGACAUACAUGAGUGGCGUCUCAUGCCCAUACGUCUGUGCAAAAGCGCGUUUGGACCAUGGUGUUCUUCUAGUUGGCUUUGGAAAAGGUGCUUAUGCUCCCAUUCGAUUGAAGGAAAAGCCUUACUGGAUCAUUAAGAACUCUUGGGGAGAGAAUUGGGGAGAACAGGGAUAUUACAAGAUCUGCAGAGGUAGAAAUGUCUGUGGUGUCGACUCAAUGGUUUCAACUGUAGCUGCAGCUCAACCCAACCAUUGAAUACAGGGAUGCUGAUUCUAGUCUGUCUUCAUCUCAUGUGACACUAAGUUAGUUGAAUUUGUGUAAAUAUAUUAUCAUGAAGUUGUGAAUGUUUCUACUGGUCAGGGCAAAACUAUCUCUAAGUAGUAUCAAGAGAUUGCCACGAUCAUGUUAUUUCAGUAGUUGGUAAUUAUGUCUCCCUUCCUGUUACCGUGGUGGUGUUUAUCCUUAGCCAUGGCAGAAUAGCAGGUAAAUGAACUGGAAAAUAAUUAUGAACUUUAUUA